AUGGGCAAGGCCUCAAUAAUCAUAUACAUAACUAUAGCUCUUCUUUUUAUUUUACUAGUAACUCAUACUCCAAAAAAACCAUCAAACCUCCGCAACCGCCGCAUCAAGAUCCGGAAUAACUUCGACUUCGACCCCCGCCGCCACAACCACAACCAUGAACCCGUGCCUUUUGACCCUCUUGUUGCUGACAUUGAACGCAAACGUGAAGACAAGGAAUGGGAGAAACAGUACUUUGAACAUUCACAUCAUGAACUUGUUCAUCACUCUGAUGCUCCUGGUCACGAGUCACAGCCUGAGUGGGAAGAUUUUAUGGAUGCUGAAGAUUAUGUGAAUGAUGAAGAGAAAUUUAACGUCACUAAUAGGUUAUUGGUGUUAUUUCCAAAGAUUGAUGUGGAACCAGUGGAUGGUUAUGUGAGUGAACAUGAAUUGACUGAGUGGAAUUUGAAACAAUCUGAGAAGGAAGUUAUGCAUAGAACUAAAAGGGAGAUGGAUGUUCACGAUAAAAACCACGAUGGGUCUGUUUCAUAUGCCGAGUAUGAGCCACCUAGUUGGGUACAUAAUACAGAUAAAAAUUCUUUUGGCAAUGAUAUGGGUUGGUGGAAAGAAGAACAUUUCAAUGCAUCAGAUGCAGACGGAGAUGGUCUUUUGAAUCUAACUGAGUUCAAUGACUUUCAACAUCCUGCUGACAGCAAGAACCCAAAGCUACUUCAAUGGUUGUGCAAGGAGGAAGUAAGGGAAAGGGAUUCUGACAAAGAUGGGAAGGUUAACUUUCAAGAGUUCUUCCACGGGCUAUUUGACUUGGUGAGAAAUUAUGAUGAAGAAGGUCAUAAUUCUUCCCAUCCGUUGGAUGAUUCAGUGGAGGCCCCUGCUAAGAAGUUGUUCAAUGAGCUAGACAAAGAUGGUGACGGAUUUUUGUCAGAUGUAGAAUUGCUACCUAUAAUUGGGAAACUUCAUCCUUCAGAGCGUUACUAUGCUAAACAACAAGCUGAUUACAUCUUGUCACAGGCAGAUACAGAUAAAGAUGGACGGCUAUCAUUGACAGAGAUGAUUGAGAAUCCAUAUGUAUUUUACAGUGCUAUCUUCAGUGAUGAAGAUGACUAUGACAUACAUGAUGAGUUCCGUUAA